AUUUCAAUAAUAUCAGUUUCUACGAUAUGUGAAGCAAUUAAUGAGACACAUAAUGUUACGGAAAACAUGACAAUAUUCGCUGCAAGAGCUGGUAUUCCGAAUAAUAAUAAGAUUAAAAUGCAGGUUUCCAUGCAAUCCUGUAACUGUUACAGAUAUCGUGUUGUGAUUAUUGUUGGAGUAAUCAUUUAUUUAAUACUAGUUUGUCUCUUUUUAUGUAAUAGAUUGGGUUACCCUGAGAUCAUCAUAAGAUUUAUCAGAAACAUAGUUAACACCAUUCGUGAUACAUUCGACAAUCUACCUCGGUUGAUAUCGUAUGUGAACAUACGUAAUGUCUUCACCCCUUUGGUCUUCACACCACUUGUCAAUGAGGACGAACUGCAAGUAAAUUAUGUAAACAGAGCUUUCGAAGACGACUCAGUUAUCAAUAAUAUGGAAGAGCCUCAAGAUGAGUAGUAACACGCCAAGUUAACAUUGACGUUUUACAUAAGGCCGCUAAGAUUUACUUUACCUAAUAUUAGAGAUAAGAUUUCGUAAGUACUUAGAUUUCGUAAGACGUUCUUAAGCUUGAAUUUCAAGUUAAUCAAUUUUUCAAAAAUAAUCGACUAAAUUAGGC